UUUUUAAGCCUGAGGAGUUGCGCCAGGCUCUGAUGCCGACUCUGGAGUCUCUCUACAGGCAGGACCCUGAGUCCCUGCCCUUCAGACAGCCUGUAGACCCCAUGCUUCUGGGUAUCCCAGACUACUUUGACAUCGUUAAGAACCCAAUAGAUCUGUCCACAAUAAAGCGUAAGCUUGACACGGGCCAAUACCAAGAGCCCUGGCAAUACGUCGAUGAUGUGUGGCUGAUGUUCAACAACGCCUGGCUCUACAACCGCAAGACUUCUCGUGUCUACAAAUACUGCUCCAAGCUGGCCGAGGUGUUUGAGUCAGAGAUUGACCCCGUCAUGCAGGGCCUGGGAUACUGCUGCGGGAGGAAGUACGAGUUCUCUCCUCAAACCCUGUGUUGCUAUGGCAAGCAGCUCUGCACCAUACCUACCGGAGGCACAUACUACAGCUACCAGAACAGGUAUCAUUUCUGUGAGAAGUGCUUCAAUGAGAUCCAGGGCGAGAGUGUGACGUUAGGAGAUGACCCUGCACAGCCACAGAC